AUGUCAUUUGAUCGUUCGAAAUCGUUACAAUCAACAGUAGACGAUGAUGAUUUAGAUUUAGAAUUACAAGAACGAUCUGAUAAUAUUAAACAGAGAGAAUCAAAUUGGAUGUUUCAUACAGUAUCAAUCUUAAAACUUAACAAAACAAAUGCAUUAUUAAUAUUUUUCAUACCAGCAGUGGUCUUGAAAGCGUUAAACGUUGAUGAAACUAUAACAUUUUUCUUUAAUUUUUUGGCAAUUAUACCUUUAUCAAAUAUAUUAACUAUUGGAGUUGGUGAUUUAGCUGCUAGAUUUGGACCGGCUUAUGGAGCAGUAUUUCAUGCAUUUUCAGGAAGUUUUGUUGAACUUGUGAUUGAAUCAUAUGCUUUAAUGGAUGAGCAAUAUGCAAUAGUUCGUUCAGCAGUUCUUGGAAUUGCAUUCAUUGCAGGAUCUUGGCCGACUGAAAGACGUCGUCGUGAAGGCUCAAUGAAUUCGUUGAACGUGUCAAUUCAAGUCAAAUUAUUUGUGAAUACAAGUGCUUCUAUAUUAGCACUCGCAGUCCUUGCUUUAGUUACACCUGCAGCUUUUAAAAUAGCAGCAGCACCAAAUAAUGCUUCCGUUUCACCAUUCAUAGAAUGUAAUAUAAGAAAUAUAAGUCACGCUACUGCCAUCAUCCUAACUUUAAUUUAUAUUGGUUUAUUAGUAUUUCAACUUAAAACUCAUGCACAAGAGGUAAUAGAUGCUAAAGAAUUUGAUACAGAAGUAAAAUAUAAUUGGUUUUUUGAUUUGAUUUUAGUUGCUGUAUCAAUUGCUGGCAUUACAGUUUGUGCUAGGUUUCUUGUAACUAUUGUUUCUAAUUUUAUGGAACAUUAUCAAGCAAUACAUGAUGCUGUACAUGAUAAAGUUGACACAGCUAUAAGUUUAAUACUUAAUACAUCUGUACAAAUGGCUUUAUUGGUAGCACCAAUAUUAGUUCUUGUGGGUUGGAUUUUAGAUAAACCAUUAACAUUGGAUUUUAAUGCUUUAGAAAUUGCUGUUCUAAGUUGUGCUGUUUUAAUCGUAAACUAUUUGGUUGCUGAUAAUAAAGCAAAUUGGCUAGAGGGUUACAUGUUAAUUGUUAAUACUAUUGAACCAGAUAGAUCAUACUAUUGUGAUCCUUUCAGUAGAAAUUUACCACCUAAAAAUGUAACUGAUUCAAUUCUACAAGAUCCUAGCGAAGGAGGGGGAGGAGGAGAAGUCACUAAUACAUGUAUACCGGCAUCGAUUAAUGAUUUAACUGCAAGGUUAACAGUAUUGGACCAAUGGCGUAUUGGCCACGGUAUUCUUGUUUUACUUUUAUUACGUAAAUCAAGAACGUUUGGUAAUGGAACAACAUAUUAUAUUUUAACUAUCGCGUCCUUUUCAACAAGUUUAACUUCUUUACAAAAUCUGGAUUCAGAUAUGCGAUGUAACCUUGAACCACAAAGUCUUCAACUGAAAUAUCCUGAAUCGGAUUUUGUCAGUUUUAAAAUUUACAAAACAUUUGCUAUCGAAACGUUUGGAUAUCUGUCCAAGCAAUCUUUCAACUAUGUUAAAUUGGUUUGA